CUUCAACUAUAAGAUUAUAGGCCUUUUCCUCUUUUUUUAGAGAAGUGAAUCUUUUCAAAUGUAAAUUGCUGGAUUAUGUAGAUAAGGCUGCAGUUUAUCUCCAUUGAGAAAGCAGUAACCACAGAAAAUGAAAGAUUCAUCAUUGGAUGCCCCAAGUUCAUGACUCAAUUCUGUUGUAGUAAUAGCUUAAUAAAGCAGAUGAAAUAAAGAAGUAUUGAACUUGCAGUACAUUAAAUCCUAGACAAGAAAGGGGAAGAGUGUAUGUUAUGGUAGACUAGAAAUAGCAGUGCAGUGUUUUAGACAAGCAUAGCAGGGUAUCCGGAGAUAAGAUAGCCUUAUCUGCAGUAAUGAAAGAUUUUUGGAGCUAGCUAUUUCUCAAUUCUGAAUGUAUUUAUUAAAAUAGAAGGUUUUAUUUGUGGCUGAAUGGUGGUAAAUAAUGGAAUUUAUGUAGGUUAUUUAGCAUUGUGAGAUUUGAGGAACCAUGAAGGCAAGGUGGGAAUGGGUGGAGAUCAUCGAACCCCGCACCCGUGAACACAUGUACGCCAACCUGACCACAGGCGAAUGUGUGUGGGACCCACCCCCGGGCGUGAAAAUAAAGAAGACAGAUGACAACCAGUGGUGGGAGCUGUUUGACCCCAACACUUCGCGCUUCUACUACUACAACGCCAGCAGCCAGAAAACAGUGUGGCACCGUCCUCAAAACUGUGACAUCAUUCCACUGGCCAAACUCCAGAAAUUCAACAUAGUGACACUGAAACAGAAUACCGAGGUUCGAGACGAUGUAUCCGCCCCAAAGAGAGAGAUUUCCACCCAGACACCUCUGCCAGACAGGAGACGUGAGCUCCAGGUGGCGCGGUCUGGUUCAAUCAAGGAGUUGGUUCCUGCUCAGCCACUAACCAGUCCUCACCCGGGACGCAAGGCGGGGAGACCAGAUGCGCGGUACAGUCGUCAGGACUCGAGUUCUUCUCUGAGCAGCUCAGGUCACUAUGACAGCUACAAGGAGCAGCGCACAAGCGCUGAGCGCAUCAAUGCCGCAGACCAGCUGCGACGUCGGGGCUCGCACUCCAGCUCCCAGUCCUCCACACACGCAGGCUACUCGUCCAGUCCAUCGUUCCAGUCUGGGCUCGGAAGACGGGAGUCCUUUGAGAUGUCGCCAAAGCUUGUGGAUUCCCCGAGACUGGGUCGGACUCAGUCGGCAGUCCACCGGAGUGAGAGCACGCACAGUAGCGGGUGCUUGCCAGCCCGUUCUGGAAGUUAUCGGUUUCCGGACAGUAGAAUACGAGAGGAGCCAUCUCAUGGUUAUGCGCGCGAUGAUUCCUAUUUGUUUCAAGGUCAUGGCGCUGGUGUUUUGCGGAGUGGGGGAUACCAUCGUGGUAGUGGAAGUGAUAAGGAAUAUGUUUAUUCUAGUAGAUCUGAGACGUAUACCCCGCCAAACAAGCCAAAUGACUCUUUUACACCCCCCUUGCAUUCUAGGCAAAACUCUUUUCAAGGUUCCAUUCAUUCUCACGAAAGUUCCGUUCACGAUCAUCAUGAACAAUUAUACAGCCCUGUCUCAGUGCAGUCGUCUCAGUCAUCAAACUAUAGGCAAGAAAACCUGUACAGUCCCGUAAUGAACAUGUCUAGAAAAGACGUGGACCAGACACGCUUUAGCCCUAUUAAUGGGGGAACUCCUACCCCCACCCGUGACCUUCAGGGUCAUGGGGACAGGAUGUACAGCCCUGUGAUACCUGGUUCUCGUGGUGAUGAACCAUGCUUGGCCUUCAGCCAAGAUAUUCUGUGUCAGCAGCAGGGGGGACAUGUGAGCCCCUCGCCGAGUAGACCUAAAUUACGAUUUCCCCGAACGAAUCCAACGUACGUGGGAAAACGUGACGGUAAUCCGGGUUAUAGAAAACUAAGCUCAGAUCAGCAAUAUCUGUCAGAUUCCGGUGCUAGUGACACGCCCACUGUGAGUUCGUCUGCCAUGCAGACGUCGCAGAUUCAUCCUGAAUAUUUCGAGACUGGAUUUUAUAAUCGAGCCGAGCGAUCAGACAGCGAUACAUCGCACUCUUCACCAAGGAUUGGCGGUAUCGAAUGUAAGGACAUUAGAACUUCGUUGCCUUUACGGGAGAGGGAUCGUGAGUUAUCUGACUCACAGUCGUCUCAAGGGUCUGUAAGGAACAUGUCGGACGUCCAGUCUGAGGGGUCGCUAAGGAAUAUGCAGGAUAGUGCUGUCUCAUUUCAGGAUUCCAUAUCGUCAAAGGGAUCCAACAGGAGUUUCCAUGGCGAUAGCAAAGAACAAACUAGUGAUAUACUUUUCUCUAAUAUAGUGAAUAACCAGUACUUUUCUCAAGAACCUUCUAGAAAUCUGGAGGAGGAUGAGGAUUCAGAACCCGAGUACGCAAACAUUUUAAACAUACCCCCUCCGCUUAAAUUCAAUGACGUAAGCGAUAAAAAGGUUACUGAAACAACUCCAGUACCAAAGUACAAUUUUAACAAUGAAAAUCAUUUUCGCAAUGUGCUUAAAGAGAGGAAUUCCAAUAUUGAGCAAGGUGAGGUGCCUGCAAAGGUGAGACAAAGCGAUGGUUCCGUCACGUUGGAACUCUCUUCUGCGUCUGAUAUCAACGGGAAGGGGGGAGACGAGAGUUAUGAAGAGGAUCAGGGCAUUGACCCCAUGCAGAGCUCGCAGUAUUCAGAAGACCUAGGUUUUGAAGAAACUGACCAUGUUGGUGGUGUCUAUCCUCAAAUCCUGUUUGGCCUAGGGACCCUUGAAACGCAGCAUGCAUCCCUGAAACGUAAGAAGCCCGAGAAGCCAGAGGGGGGUCGGGGUAGCCCGGCAUCAGAGAAGGCCCACUCGUUGAGCAUGGACCUUUCCCAGCGCCCACUGUCCAUGGUGGUUCCUAGCCAGUCAGAGUCCAAUAUGCCAGUGUCCUCGAGCAUUGGAUCCCUUAGUAGACAGGGUCGGGCUGGUACGUGUCCGCCCAUGAGUCAGGGCAAGCACCUGUCAGCCAAGCAGAAGUUGCCCUCCGACAGCGACAUUGAGAACUACGCACAGCAGCACCUCAACAAACACAAGAAGGGAAUCUUUGGCAAGAAUGUGCCUCUCACCAAUAUGCUCAAAUGGUCCAAGGACCCAAUCUCCAAGCCUAUGCUGCGGACCAACGACAAGAACACGAAGACGGAGGCAGUUGCGGUGUUUAAGCUGAUCCAGAUGUACAUGGGCGACCGUAAGACCAGGCUGGGCCAGUCACAGCUGGCCCUUGACAUCACCACCAAGGGCUGGACGGUCGGCCCUGACCUUCGCGACGAGAUCUGCAUACAGAUCUGCAGACAGACCACAGAGAACAAGAAAGAGGACAGUCUGCAGAGAGGAUGGGAGUUGCUGGCCAUCAUUCUCAACUUCUUCCCCCCAACCAUGAAGUUCUACAACUAUCUUGACGGCUACAUAUCCCGUCACAUCGACCCCAAAUAUGACCUCGAAAAUUUUAGCCUGGCUCGCUGGUGCAAAACACAUGGCAUCCGGUAUACAGACAUUAUCGACGACGAACAUUACAACCAUCAAUCAUUUAGUAACCUGCUAUUGGCAAUGAAGGUCCCUAUCCACCACUUUGCAGAGCAUUGUCACCGCCGACUGCAGCGAGGCAUGCUAUCAGGGGCCAAGCGAGGGGUCAGGAAACCCACCCUCGAUGAAAUUGACCAAGCAAAGAAGUCCAUCUACUGCCCAUCGAUGUUUGGCAGCACACUGGAGGACGUGAUGAAGAUGCAGAGGGACCACUACCCUGAGAGACGGUUACCAUGGAUACAGACCACACUCUCCGAGUGGGUGCUGAGGCUUAACGGGGCACAGACCGAGGGAAUCUUCAGAGUGCCAGGUGAUAUAGACGAGGUUAACUCCCUUAAGAUCCACUGCGACCAAUGGAAGACGCCAACGGAGUGUUCGGACCCCCAUGUGCCUGCCUCCCUACUCAAGCUGUGGUAUAGAGAGCUUGAGUCGCCGCUCAUUCCAGAUGAGUUCUAUGCUGACUGUAUAGAGAACUUCACCAACGCUGAGGCUGCAGUGUCCGUCGUGAACAGACUGCCUGAAAUCAACAGGCUCGUGCUGGCAUACCUUAUCAGAUUUUUGCAGGUGUUUGCUGCGGGUGAGAAUGCACUGGUGACGAAGAUGGAUGUGAACAAUCUAGCGAUGGUGAUGGCGCCCAACUGUCUGCGGUGUGAGUCACAUGAGCCCCAGGUGAUCUUUGAGAAUACGCGCAAGGAGAUGGGCUUCAUACGGACACUGAUACAGAAUCUGGACACCAGCUUCAUGGAGGGCAUUGAAUGAAGGAGAAUGAAUGAGAUUCUAGGGGGUGGAGGAGAUGGAUAAUUUGAAUGUUUGGUCAUAAAAUGGAUGUAUUGGCUUGAAAUUUAUACGCACCCUCGUACAGAACCUUGCAACUAGCUUCAUGGAGGGAAUAGAUUGAAGAAGAACUAUAUGAUAAUAAUGCUUCCUCCUUUAGUCUUAAUUCAGAGUUUUAAAUGAAGAAAUGGAUUGGUUAAGUUGCAGUGAUGUAUAUUUGGCUUCAUAUGCACCUUCAUACAGAAAACCUAGACAACAGCCUUAUGGAGGUCAUAGAAUGAAGGAGUACAAAUGGGUGGGGGAGGUUGAGAUUGACUUUUGGGCCAUAAGAUGCAAAAGGGGGUGCAGAAACUGGGUGGGGAGGGGGCCGCUUAGAUUGAAAGGUGUUUUUACUUUGGGUAGAUGCUGACUUGUGCCAGUUUUUUGCGCCUCUUUGUAAAUGUGUGGUUAAACAAGUGGGUGUAAAAAGCAUGGGAUCGGGUCAGUUGGCUUUUGGUUUGAUAUGGAUGUGCAUGGAAGUUCCAUCAUUUACUUGCAGUGAUAUGGUCAUAAUGCUUCCUCCUUUCGGCUGAAUUCAUAGAUUAAAUGUAGAGAUGGGUUUGUUUAGUUGAAGUGAUGUCUAUUUGCUGGGUCAUAAAGGAAAGGAUGGGUGUUUGUGAAUUUUGUUAGGAGGAGGGGUAAUUGUCUCCCAGAAAUGUUUCUUAAAGGCAGAGUUACCCAUUGUCAAUGGCAGGGAUAAGAUUUGAAGUUAUUAACGAGGUUAUGAGCUCUUAACUGGUAAGCGAAAAAGUAAGAAAACUAAAUUCUGUUUUGUUUUCAAUUUUGCCUUUGAGACAAAUUUGCAAAAUGUGUUAUGCUUGCUUCAGUAUUUUAUGUGUACAACUUUUGCUGAUUUUUUCUCGAGGAUUUUGACAUUUCUAGUUGAGCUAGGCUCACAUCCUCAGUUUUGUGUGUCAUAGUCACAAUUCUAUAAAAAUGGCAAUGUACUUUAAUGUGAUAGUAGUGGUUUAAAUUGUGGUCUUAGUUCAAGGGGUUUUAUAUGAAGUGAAUCCUGCCAUAUGCUUUAUCACAAUUUGUUAAUGUUUGGUAAUUUUGUACUUAUUACUUUGUACAUUUUCCACAGUUAAUUAUAUGAAGAAACCUUGAGAAAUAACACUGUUAAGGUUUUCUUCAUUGAAAUUAAAUCUGUGUAGUAGAAUUCCAGUAUUAUUGAUGCCUUUUGAGAAUUUUUGAAAAUGUUCAUGGAUGAUUUAGAAAGGCAUAUAUCUGAAAGUAAAAAAUAUCAGAAGGGGUUUUCAAUGCAUUUUUAAAUUGACAUUAGAGAUUAAAUAGUUUUUGUAUGUACACUUAGUGUUGGUUAACCAGCUACCCAACAAAUCAAACAAGUUAAAUGCUUAAUUUAAUUUUGUGUAUUCGCUGAAAAUCGCUUAUUUAAAGGAAUAUAGAUGUAUAAAUAUACAAUGGCGUUCUGUCUGACAAUGAAAUCUCAGUAUACUUUUAAUUAUACAAUAUUAUGCAUGGACUAAUUCUAUUAGAUACACUCAUUAGCUUGUCUCUCUAUCUAAGUAAAUUUUGUUCUCAAUAUCGUUACGCAUUUCCACUGCGUUCAAACUCAUUUUGUGAUAAAAGUGUUGAAUGACUGUUCCUUCAUGCAUUUUAUAAUGCCAUUUACGGACUAACAAUAAAACCUGUCAAGUGAAAUUCUGAUAAAUUGCUAAAUAAACUGCUUCAUACAUUUUAAGGUAGAUGAUAUUAGUUUUUUUUAAAUAUAUUUAUAUUUUAAUUAUUUAUGUUGUUAAACAGAUGUUUGUAUGUUGUUUUAUGUAUUCAUUAAAAUGUCCCAAUAUUUUGUAAUAGUGUUUUUUAUAAGUGUAUAUGUUUUUUUAUUUGAACAAAAUUGUUGUUAUUUAUUUUGUGAUCAUAGUUGUUAUAGACAAUAUUACUUAGUUGUCCUUAAAUUAAAGAAGUCAACCUUUCAAAGUUUUCAUUUUUUAUGUACCUGUUAAAAAGUACAUAGAAGACUGGGUUACCUAUGAAAAGGGGAAAACAAAGUGACAAAAAGUUUGGUUUUAUUUAAAUAGUUUGCUUAUAGUUGAAUAUUAUCUUGAGCACUUUUAAACAGACAUUCAUCUGUUCAGAGAAAUGCAAUUACCUUCUUGAUGUAUGGAAAUUCCGUAUGCUGAACAAAGACCAACGUCAUGUUUAUAGCAAUUAAAAUUUGACAUUAGUAAACAUUAUUGCAAAACAGUGGUGUUUGAUGCAAGUAAUUGACACAGAGGUUGACAAUAAAUGACCGCGCUCUGUGAAAAGGGGGUUUAAUGCAUGUGCAUAAAAUGUCAUCCCAGAUUAGCCUGUCCUGUCCACACAGGCUAAUCAGGGAUGACACUUUCGGCAUAAACUUUAUUUUUGCUAAGAAGAACGAAAAUUAAAAAUAUAUAACAGGAAGUGUUGUCCCUCUGAACUGCACAGGCUUAUCUGGUAUGACACUUAACGCACAUGUAUUAACUCCUAUUCACAGCAUGGCCCAUAUGUUUUCUUUAUAUACUGCGAGAUGAAUCUCUGGAUCCUCUUAAAGUUUGUACCUAAUUCUGAUGUCUUGUAAACAUAGCAAAAGUCCUUGUACAUAUCUAUAUGUGUCAAUUAAUCCUGAACAUGAAUAAAUUGCAUUAAUUGACAAAAAUAACAGCUUGGGCAUAUCACAGUUAUCAAUAUUUAUUGUAGAUAUGCAGAAAAGCCAAUACGACAUUUGGAGAUUGUAAUAAUAUAUAUCGCAUUGCAGAAGUUAAUCUUGCCACUAAAUGACCAUAGUGUUCUAUACACAGACUAAAGGAACAUUUCUGUUCAUAGAUAGGUUACCUCAUAGGUAAUAUAUGAGCCUCAUUGAUGGAAAACUGGGAUUAAUGCAUGCAUGUAAAGUGUCAUCACAGAUUAGCCUGUGCAGUCUACACAGGCUAUUCAGGAGAAACACAUUUGGCUUUGAUGGUAUUUUCUGUUUCAAGGAAGUCUUUUUAACAGGAAUAUCAUCUGGGAAAGUAGCCUCUGAUUAGCCUGUGCUCUGCAAAAUAUAAUCUGGAAUUACACUUUUCACACAUAUAUUAAGCCCAGUUUUACCAGAACAUAGCUUAUAUGUCAAAACAGAUAUAUCGGGUUAUCAUUGUUGUCACAGUGUAUAUUUUCAGUACAUUAUUUAUUGCACAGUAAAGUUGCUUAUCUACCUGCUUUUUCAUUGCCAGAUUUCACUGUCUCACAGGUGCCAAUGUAUAGUUUUUCUUUAAGAUUGUAUUAACGUGUUUCAUUUUAAUAGUUGUGUCUCUAGCUGACAAUGUAGUGUCAAUGAGCCUCCCCAUGGUAAACCUGAUUUAAUGCAUGUACGUUAAGUGUUGGUCCAGAUAAACCUGUGCAUAGGCAAACUAGGGACAACACCUGCUUGUAUUGUGUUUUUCUUUUAAAAGAAAUCUCUUUUAUGCAAAAAUCAAAUUUAGUUAGGCAGGAAGUGUUGUACCUGUUGGUGUCAGGAAAAUGUGUAUAAAACAUUGGAUACCUGUUGCAAUUGUUUUACAUGUCUGUUUAAAGUUUAAGUGUAACGUUUCUACCAAAUUUAAUAUUGUUAACUCAUUGAUGAACACAUACAUAUAGAUCUGGAUUUUGGAAAAUCACAACAAAUACUUGUUUUGUUUACAUGCAACUUGUGUAUUGAUUAUGGUUUUAUUUUAUUUGUUAAGGUGUUUCUUAAAAUCAACAUAAUAGGAUCUUUAAAAUUUAAAAGUAGCUAGGUCAUUUGUAUUGAAAUCGAAAUAUUUACAUUGCCGAUCUGGGCUUAUUACUAUAUAUAUUUAUUAAUCAAAACAUUUGUACCCAUGCUUUGUUAAAAAUUGCCUUUUGAAGAUUUUUUGAUUUUUUUAAACAUCAUAAUGUUGGAUGUUGUUAAACUGAAAUUAGUUUUUGUAGCCAGUAAUUGAUGUUGUCACAUGUUAUUGUUGCCAUGGAGUUUGACUAUUUAUUGUAGCUGCUAUUAUGUAACAAUGCUCUAAACUUUCUUUGUGAGUCAAAUAGAUGGUGCUUUGACUGAACUUGUUUCAACAUUGAGGCAAAAGCAUCUGAGUGGAUUCUGGAUUAGUACCAUGUUAAGUAUUCACAUGAUGUGAUGUACAUUUGUCAUUAAUAUUGAUGGAGUUUGAAACAUUAAUUGUCAUAUCCAAAUACACAUCUGAAUUAAUUAUAAUUAACUGUUCCUUUUUUAGCUCACCUGAGCACAACGUGCUCAUGGUUAGCUUUUGUGAUCGCUUUUUGUGCGUUGUGCGUCGUCAACAUUUUGCCUUGUGAACACUCUAGAGGCCACAUUUAUUGUCUGAUCUUCAUGAAAUUUGGUCAGAACAUUUGUCCCAUUGAUACCUCGACUGAGUUCGAAACUGGGUCAUGCUGGGUCAAAAACUAAGUCACUAGGUCAGAAAAAAGAAAAACCUUGUGAACACUGUAGAAGUCACAUUUGAUGCCCAAUCUUCAUGAAACUUUGUUAAAAUGUUUGUCUAAAUGAUAUGUUGGUUGAGUUCAAAAAUGGUUCCGGUCCGUUGAAAAACAUGGCCGCCAGGGGGCGGGGCAGUAUUCCUUAUUUGGCAUAGAGAAACCUUGUGAACACUCUAGAAGUCACAAUUUUUGCCCAAUUAUCAUGAAACUUGGUCAAAACAUUGGUUUCAUUGAUAUCUCAGACGAGUUCGAAAAUGGUCCAGAUCGGUGAAAAAAAAUGGCCGCCAGUGGGCGGGGCAGUUUUCCUUAUAUGGCUUUAGUAAAACCGUGUUAACACUUUAGAGGCCACAUUUAUUGUCCAAUCUUCAUGAAAUUUGGUCAGAAGAUUGGUCUCAAUUAUAUCUUGGAUGAGUUCGAAAAUGGUUACAUUUGCUUGAAAAACCGGGGCAUUUUUCCGUAUAUGGCUAAAUAUGGCUUUAGUAAAACCUUGUGAACACUCUAGAGGCCAUAUUUAUUUCCGAUCUUCAUGAAAUUUGGUCAGAAGAUUGGUCUCAACGACAUCUUGAAUGAGUUCGAAAAUUGUUACGUUUGCUUGAAAAACAUGGCUGCCAAGGGGCGGGGCAUUUUUCCUUAAAUGGCUAUAUAUAGCUAUUGUAAAAUCUUGUUUACACUCUAGAGGCCACAUUUAUCCCCCGAUCUUCAUGAAACUUGGUCAGAAGAUUCACGCCAAUAAUAUCUUGAACGAGUUCAAAAAUGAUGCUGGUUGGUUGAAAAACAUGGCUGCCAGAGGGCGGGGCAUUUUUCCUUAUAUGGCUAUAGUAAAACCUUGUUAACACUCUAGAGGCCACAUUUAUUUUCCGAUCUUCAUGAAACUUGGUCAGAAGGUUUGUCCUAAUGAUAUCUUGGAUGAGUUCGAAAAUGGUUUUGGUUGCCUAAAAAACAUGGCCACCAGGGGGCGUGGCAUUUUUCCUAAUAUGGCUAUAUAUCAUGCUUUAGUAAAACCUUGUUUUCAUUCAAGAGGCCCCAUUUGUUGUCCUAUCAUCAUGAUACUUGGUCAGAUGAUUUUUUCAAAUGAUAUCUUGGAUGAGUUCGAAAAUGGUUCCAGUUGGUGGAAAAACAUGGCCGCCAAGGGGGCGUGGCAUUUUUCCUUAUAUAGCUAUGGUUAAACCUUGUUAACACUCUAGAAGCCAUAUUUAUUGUACGAUCAUCAUGAAACUUUGUCAGAAGAUUUGUCCCAAUGAUAUUUUGGACAAGUUCGAAAGUGGUUCCAGUUGCUUGAAAAACAUGGCCAUCAGUGGGCGGGGCAUUUUUUCUUAUAUGGACUUAUGAAUCUUCAUGAAACUUUGUCAGUAUAUUUGUUUAAAUGAUAUCUUGGAUGUGUAUGAAAAUGGUUCUGGUCUGUCGAAAAACGUGGCUGCCAGGGUGUUCACUAGUCAUGAAAGUUGGUAAGAACAUAUUGUUCUAAUAACAUAUUGGGCUGCACAGAACAGGUCAGUUUCUUUGAAUCUCAGGUGAGCGACUGUGGGCCUUCAGGGCCUUCUUGUUUUACAUGCCGUUUAAUUGAGUUUCAUUAUUUUAUAUGAUGAUUUAAUUUAGCAAAAAGCCCCUUUUGCCAUAGUGUGAAUUGUUCAGACGUUUGUUUUUAAUUGAUAUAUUUCUCUUGAUGUAACAUUGCAUACAUUUACCUCAGGCUUGAUUAGAAUUUGCUUGUAACUGACCGAUGUUUAACAAAACUUGCAUCAUUGAAUGUAAAUACAGUGCAUUUCUUUCAGUCUGUGAAAACAGGGUUUAAUGAAUGUUCCUACUGUUUUGUCCCAGAUUAGCUGGUGCAGUUUGCAAAAUCUAAUCACUUUCCGCUUAAAUAGUGGAUUUUUGCAAACUAGAGACUUCUUUUAAAUAAAAAAUACCAUAAAAGCGAAAGUGUCAUCCAUGAUAAGCCUGUGCGGACUUCACAGGCUAAUCUGGGAGGACACUUAACACACGCAUUAAACCCAGUUGCCUUGGAUUGAUACUCAGUUAUUUUGAUUCUGAUAGGCCAAUCUCAAGCUUGGUAAAAGCUGUACCAUCUUGAGUGUUGCUUAUUUUUUCUUUGUGACCUGCUUGUUUUGCGCAUAUAAGAACCUGUUAUUGAAUUGAGUUUUAUUUUUGUGAGAACUGUUUGUGAAUGUUGUUGGGUAUAUUUUCUGAGCUUAAUGUCCACAAUAAUGUAUGAUUAUAUAUAUUAAAUGUGUAAAUCUUUAGAAUGAUUUUUUAUUUAUCAUGAUAGUUUACAUUAUAGCCUGGUAUUUUGUCUUUUUAAACACUGCGAAAUGCUGCAAUAAAUUAUUACAGUUUA